CCCGAAGUCUUUUCAAUAAACACUUAGUUGGUGAAUUCAUCAUUAUUCAAAUCCCUUUUUUAAGUGAAGAUUAAAGUAAACCAGUAUUAGAAAAAUUCAGUUUCUAAAAUUUAAGAUUAAAACAUAAAACGUGCUCUCGAACGAGCCUGAAGUUACUGACAGUUGUAUCCUCUUUUUAAAGUCAUUGAACCGUAAGCUACGGAGAUAAUCUACAAGAAAACAUAUUAACGCCUUCAUUUCCAUCUUUGAUUGCGUUUGACUAACAUAGAUACUCGUUUAUUGUUCCCCUUAUCCAAGUUUGCUUGAAGAAAUAUUUUUUCUAUCUCUAAUUUCCAGCUACCUUUUCUAGCAUUUUACCUGAUAUUUUCUUUAUAGAUAUUAUAAACUCUAUGUCUGGCGAUAUUAAAGAUGAUUCCGAUGAAAACGUUGGAUUUGAAUUUUCGAGUUCAACCGAUCACGCUUCCAAUCCUAGAUCCAAUUUCACGAAAUCAAAGUCAAACUCAGCAGAGGAAUUAAAAAAUGAAAAAAUAGAUUUUUUUGACUCUUCUUCUGACAUAGAAAAUGAAUCAAAGAAUUCUGCUAGUCAAUGGACGAAUUUCUUUGAGGUUGUUAUUUGUGGUGUUGCUUUAAUUUCUGACGGUUAUUGCUCCAAUUGUAUUGGUACAGUCAUGACAAUUUUAAAAAAACUAUAUCCUAAAGAGACAACUAACAACAAAUCGAUGCAGGACAUAGGUAUGAUUGCAUAUGUUGGAACAGUUGUCGGACAAUUAUCGUUUGGUUGGUAUUCUGACUUUUUUGGCCGUAAAAAUGGUAUGAUCACAGCUACUCUUCUUCUUAUUAUGUCUACUGCUCUCUGUGCUGGUGCCUACGGUUAUCAUGGUAGUAUUAAUGGAAUGCUUUCAGCUUUAAUUGUUUAUAGGUUCUUCCUUGGUGUAGGCAUUGGCGCCGAGUACCCUUGUGGAUCGGUAGCAGCUUCAGAAAACUCUAGUCUAAUGAAUACCGGAAAGCGACAUGGUUCUUUUAUAUUUGUAACUGGGUCAGCAAUUGCAUUGGGAUAUGUUCUGGGGGCUUUUAUUCCCUAUAUUGUUGUUUGUAUUUUUACCGAUCACCAUCUCCGGGCUGUUUGGCGUAUAUCGAUAGGUUUGGGAGCUGUCAUCCCUAUUAUUCUUUUAAUAGUUCGUUUGCCGAUGAAAGAAAACGGGGUUUUCUUGAAAUCUAAAGUCCCUUAUUCCAAAAUUCCUUGGCUAAUUGUAUUCCGUCUUUAUGGUGCACGUUUUCUAAUCAUUUGUGUCGUUUGGUUUACCUAUGAUCUAUCUUCGAAUGCGUUUGGAUUAUACUCGAGUACGAUCGUGAGCAGGGUUCUCCCUUCAAAUGCAUCUAUUGCAAAAAGCUUUGCAUGGAAUACUCUUAUUAACUCGUUUUCCCUUCCUGGUUCUUGGUUGGGUUGUAUAUUCGCCGACAUUAUUGGACCCAAGUGGUGUUUAAUUGCUGGCUUGAUUUUGCAAGGUGUCAUCGGCCUUUUUAUGUCUGGAUUUUAUAAUCAACUAACUCAUCAUAUUGCUGGUUUUUGCGUUAUUUAUGGAAUUUUUUUAACGCUAGGAGAAUUUGGACCCGGAGCUAGCAUUGGCUUAAUGGCUGCAAAAACCUCUCCUACUCCCAUUCGUGGUAUUUAUUACGGCCUUGCUGCUGCUGUUGGGAAAUGCGGUGCUAUUACGGGCGUAUACGUUUUUGGGGGAAAUAAAGUUCAAACAUACUUUUAUGCUGCUAGUGGAAUCGCACUCUUUGUUGCUAUUCUAGUUUUUUUCUUUCUUCCCCAUCUUAGCCAAACCUGCGUGGAAGACGAAGAUGAACGCUUUGUCCAAGCUUGUAUUGAGGCUGGUUACGGAAAUCCCUAUGAACAUAAUAAAACCUACCUUGACAAAGCAUGAUGGUUUUCUCAUGAUCGACAUAUUUGAUGAACAAUUUAUUGACUAAUAGACAUAUCGCACAAUGAUUAUUUAUUUGCGUUUCCCUUAUUAUAGACUGAAUUAAUGCUAAAAGAGAUUACAAAGCUUAAUCUUAUCGGUUCUUAACUUAUACUAUAUUACAGGCUAUUUCCUCUCACAAAUAUCUGUUUCAACCUAAACAGUUAGACAAGCAGAUGUUUCCAUGGCAGUUGUGCUUUAAAUUUAUUGAAAAAACGUUAAAAAUGAAAUCUCUUAAUCUCUUAGCUUUUUUACAAAGAUUGAACUAAUAGGGAAUACAUUCUUGGAUAUAGCAGUCGAUAUUAUAUGAUAAUAAUUCAAAAAAUUGCUUAAUCUAAGC